AUGGUGCUAGACCAGUAUGCGGGUCUUGCUCAAAAAGGAAACAAAGUUCGCAACUCAGAUACUGCCAGAGAGAAGGUUACGAUCGACAGCGGCUUCGGUAACACCGAACAGCCGAGAUACAGGAGCGAAUCUCCAAACAACUGUUCUCAAAAUGAAGACAACGAUGAGACUGGCUUGUACAGCGGAAUCGUACCUAACGGCAGCCUUUUUGGCGCAUCUAGUGGGGCGCAUAUCUUGCACGAAGUUGGAAAUGCGACACGCCCAAAAAGAGGAUUUGAGAACAAAGGGAAAGAAAGCAGUCUAGUUUCGCCCAGACCGCUCGAAAGGUUGCCGAAGUUGCAGAAAAAGGAGCCUAGCAGAGAACCCUCUGAGAUGCAGUUUGUUCUUCCUACAAGGAAGGUGGCUGACAACUUACUGAGUGUAUAUUGGGAUUAUGUGGAUAGCGCCUACCCCUGGCUCGACAGAUCGUCUAUCGAAAACGCAUACGAGACGCUGUGGACCAAAGAUGGAGAAAUCUCUAUGAACGAGAGGGCUUUGCACUGCCUUCUCAAUAUGAUAUUCGCCAUAUCUUGUGUUGUUUCUCAGACUCAAACACCUACCUCUCGGUAUCAAUCCUCGGUUACUUUUUUUGAGAGAGCUCAAGGAUUAAUGUCCUACGAACUGAUGGAAAUUUACAAUUUUGAAAUCAUUCAAAUCCUUUUGCUUACAGCGGUGUAUCUUCAACAUGAAAAAAUGCCCCAGAAAUCCUUCCGAAGCAUUGGCAUGGCGAUUCAUAUCGCACAGGACCUGGGGUUGCAUUUACCUGCCACAAUAGAAUCCAUCAAAGACUUACGUGAGCGGGACCUUGCGUGUCGCGUUUGGAAUGGUUGUAUUAUCAUGGACAGGGUUGCCUCCAUGACUUUUGGCUGCGCACUCAAAGUUCCCCAAGCUGUUGCAAAACAAGGAUUGGAUACUUUGGUGCUACACUCAAUGGAGUUCGCCAGUGGCACUGGGAAUAUGGCUCUACCUUCGAAGGUGAAUUUCUACAUAUCAUUCUGCCGACUACAUCACAUCAUAGGAGACGUGUUGGAAACCUUCUAUAACUCCAGUGAUUCCAAAGCCGACUCUGAUCUAGGCAGAAAUUUCACUGGUGUGAACUUGGGCUCACCAUUAUCCUUCGAUAAAUUCACGAGCCUGUUUAGAAUCGAGUCGGAGCUGAGCAAUUGGACCGAAAACCUUCACUCUUAUUUUCGAAUGCCAUCGGAUCUUGAAGAUCCGACGCCGACAAAGCAUAUCAAACGUCAAGCAAACGUUUUGCGCGGCCGAUAUCUCUCUGUCCGCCUCCUCCUUUUCAGGCCGUUCCUUUUGCAGGUGCCCCAUCCAAAGGCAGACAAUGCUCCUGGUGUCAAUUUGUACUCGGAAGAUCAAACCAUUGGAUACGUGGUCUUUCAGUGCCAAAUUCAGUGCGUCAAAGCUGCUGAGGAUAUGAUAGAUUUCAUCAUGAGAAAUUUACCAGAGCAGACGCAAGCGUAUAUAUUACCAUCGAACUGGUACACUGUCUCAUAUAUAUACAUGGCCGUAACUAUUCUGCUUGCAGCUCAAAUGUCCCCACAGAUAGUGGCACAUUUUUCUCUCGCUCGUUUGAAGGACCUUUUGAAACAGGCUCGUGGGAUUCUCAAAGAUUAUGAAAAGUAUACUACAUUGGCUUCGAGGUGCAGCUCCGUUCUCAAAUUGAUACAAGAAAAUAUUGAUAUGCGCAGCUCUGGAACAGACUACGCCGCCGGAGAAGGUUCGCAAGACGCAAUCAACUAUGACAGCACAAUGGUUCAAGAUGCAACCAUGGAAGGACAAGAGCCUCAAAAUAAUCUAGGAAACAUGGCUUGGCUUGAGAAUUAUGCGUUUGAUUGGAACGAUUGGCCUUUGUUUUUUGCACAGCUGGACGACCAAACCGGCCCGGCUGAAGAAUGGGGAAUGCAAGCAUAG